UGAUGCGUGUGUAGUCAUUGUUCGAGCAUGGAGUCCGCCGUGGACUCAGCGUCGACCGCGAGCGAGGUGUCCGGCUCCUCCGGGGGCUCGCCAAGGGUGAAGGCGGCGUCGCCGGCGCGCGGGCUGAGCCCGCCGCAGCUGCUGGCGCCGCGGCUGCCACUGCCGCCGCCCGGCCUGGGCCUGCUGGGCUCGCUGCAGAUGAUGCACCACUCGCCGCUCGAGCUGAUGGCGGCCGCUCACCACCACGGCCCGCCACGCUACGGCAGCCCGCCGCCCAUCUCAACCUCCGACCCCUCUGCUAACGAGUGCAAGCUGGUGGACUACCGCGGACAGAAAGUGGCCGCCUUCAUCAUCCAGGGUGACACCAUGCUCUGCCUGCCGCAGGCUUUCGAACUGUUCCUCAAGCACCUGGUGGGCGGGCUGCACACAGUGUACACGAAGCUUAAGAGACUGGACAUAGUGCCGCUGGUGUGCAAUGUGGAACAGGUGCGCAUCCUGCGUGGGCUGGGCGCCAUCCAGCCGGGAGUGAACCGCUGCAAGCUGCUGUCCUGCAAGGACUUCGACGUGCUGUACCGGGACUGCACCACGGCAAGGUGCCUGUCAAUGAAAGCGCCAGACAGCUCCAGACCGGGCCGACCUCCGAAGCGCGCGUCUGGCGUGGGCCUCUCGCUAGCCGCCACGCAGUUCCCCGGACACCCCUUCAAGAAACACCGCCUUGAGAACGGAGAAUACUCGCCCUAUGAAAAUGGACACAUGAGUGAAAUGGCUCGCAUGGAGAAGUCUCCUCUCUUGGCGAAUGGGUACAACGCCCCACCCACACAUUUGGGCCCCAUGGGCUUCAUGCACCAGCACGCGCUCAUGUCUCCGGGCAUGCCGCAUCCCGGCGUGCCCCGGCCUGACGGCUCCAUCAUCAAGGGCCAGCCGAUGCACAAUAUGGAAGCACUCGCAAGAUCUGGUAUUUGGGAGAAUUGUAGAGCGGCUUAUGAGGACAUCGUAAAACAUCUCGAAAGAUUGCGUGACGAAAGAGGCGACAUGGAACGAGUUAUGGCGAUGGAUAAAGCUCGGGAGGGUUCACAUAACGGCUCUUCCCCAGGUCACAGUCCGGUGCUGAACCUUUCGAAGUCAGGGUCCGGUGGGGACCGGGAUCGGUCGGAGCGGAGUGACCGCGACCGCGGGGACCGGGGCGAGGGCUCCGCGAGCGGGCGAAGCUCUGCAGCGUCGCGCCGGAGCCCGCAGCCGCCGCGGCUGCCCUCCGCCGCCACAGCUGCCGCCAGCCCCAGGUCACACUCCGACGAGAGUGACGCGCCCCUCUCCGACCAAGAGGAUCACAAUGUCAAGGAUGAGGAUGACGGUGGAGACUUAAGUGACGGCGAGCGCGAGCUGCCGACAUCGGCGUCGCCGGCGCCGGUGAGCUACGCUACGCAGGCGAACACUCCGCCGAACGUCCCCGUGGACCCCACCGCCGACACACUGGUCUCCUCCACAGAGACCCUGCUGAGGAACAUCCAGGGCCUGCUCAAGGUCGCCGCUGAUAACGCCAGGCAACAGGAGAGGCAGAUCAGCUAUGAGAAAGCUGAACUAAAAAUGGACGUGUUGAGGGAAAGAGAGGUCAAAGACAACCUGGAAAGGCAAUUAAUCGAUGAACAGAAAAUGAGAGUGAUGUAUCAAAAGCGGCUAAAGAAGGAGAGAAAACAGCGGCAAAUGAUCCAGGAGCAACUUGAGAUGGAGUUCAAGAGACGACAGAAAAUAGAAGAAGCUUUAAAACAGUCCGGAGCACCCUCCGAAAUUCUCAGAAUUGUAACUGAGAAUCUAACCCCGUCAUCGCAAGAGACGCCUCGCUCGGAGCGCGAGAAUGGUUCUGAGCGGGAAAGCAAGCCGCCGAGCGCCGAACCCCCGGCAGCCUCGCCGCCCUUCCAGCGCGAGCCACCGCGCACGCCGGACAAGCCGCAGUGGAACUACCCGCCACCACCAGUCGACAUCAUGAGCGGGGGAGCUGCUUUCUGGCAGAACUACUCUGAAUCCCUGGCGCAAGAGUUGGAGAUGGAGCGCAAGUCGCGCCAGCAAGCCAUGGAGCGCGACGUGAAGAGCCCGCUGUCGGACCGCGCCGGCUACUACAAGAACUCGGUGCUGUUCAGCUCAGCCACUUAGCUGACAACCUCCGGGGCUAUCGAAUACCCCGACAACCAAGAAUACGACAAAGAAAUCGACGAAUCGAGAAAACCGAUGAUCAGCGUCAAACCCGAGUUUAGGGAAAAAUAAAAUCCAAAGAUUCGAGAUUGGUGAAUGAACUUAUCAGUGGUAUUAAACUUCAGUGCGUUCGAUAUAUAAUUCUCAGCAGAAUACAAAGAAAAACACUUCCAAAAAUAUGUUAGAAACCCAUGAAACUGUUCAUCUGAUUGUUUAUUCAAGUAAAGUCUUCGACAUAAACGAUCUCAGUGAAGCUGUAACUACUUCUCGUGAAUGAGAUUAAUUUGUAAAUAUUGUUAUUGAUUCGAAGUAAGAUGUAGGUUUCGUGGUGUUAAUGCGAAAUCUCAUGAACUCUUCUUCCAUAGUAAAAUUUGUAAAUAUCCCUUUAUAAUUAUUAUUAGUGUUAAGUCAGUACGGUUUUAUCGACGAUCCGAGUAAUUUAUUCGUCAAUAUUUUAAUCUUUUAUGAAGAGUACCUUUAACUUAUCGUUAAAUGCCAUAUUUAUAUAUUAAGUAUCCAUCGUUAUUUGCUUAUAUAAAUCAGGAUUUAAUUUCAAAUUAGUUUGUACCUACAUACAUAUCAAUACUUUUGACCUUAUAUUCAAAUGUUCGAUCGAUUGAGACAUAUGUUGGAAUUGAUCUAAGACUGCUUUUGAAGAUUUUUUCUAAAAAUAUGCAAAUGUUUUCACAAUUUCUGUAAACGAUAGGUAUUUCAGUUCCUAUGAUGUUUGUUUGGUAACAGUUGAAUGUCGUCAGUAAAACUGCUUAUAAGUAGGUACACGUUUCGUCACCCCUCGUGUUUUACGUUCGAUAGCAAAUAAUUGUGAUCUUCACUAUCAUGUAAUUUAUUCAAUUUUAGUGCAAUGAUUAGAUUUAACUGAUACUAGUGUAUUUCAUAAAUCAUAAAAGUGUACGAUAGAUACGUUAAGUUAGUGGUUACAUUUUUACAAUUCAAAUUUAUUGACUGAAUACAGAAGAGACAGUUUUUUGCGUACAAUAUAUAACCUAAGCGUUUUAUUUCGAAUUUCAUAAACUAGACGAUGUAUAAAUAAUUGUAAUCGCUAUAUCUCAUAUCCAUACCGCAGAGUCGAUGUAUAUGGGUAGUUAUCCUAACAAUAAGUUCGGUAGUUUAACAUUAUACAUAAAGUAUAAAAUGAUAGUGUUAUUUAUAUUGAUGCUUAGUUUACGAGACUUUGGAUGUCUUAAAUAGCUUAAAGUAAGAUUUUAGAGAUUGUAUCGGGCGUAAUAUUGGCGCUUGGCUAUUGGUCAACUAGAACUAGUUGAGACACCAGUUUGUAUCAUUGGCUGUUGGAACGUUCCGAAUGCCUUUUGGUGAUCGGGAAUGUAAAUGGGAACGGUGAAUAGUGAAGCGCCGAUGCAAACGAUCGCUUACAUACAAUUAAUUACAUAUUAUCUGCUACGGAUAAUGCGAAGUAAUGAAUUAAACUUAGUUGUUACUAUAAAUGUUUAGCUGAACAUGUGUGAUUGUGUAAAGGGCGUGAAUGUGGUACUUUUGUAUCAGUUAUUUUCAUUUGAUUACAGUAGAAUGACAGUACUGAUGUGGAAGGGAUUAGUUGUGAACGCACCCGCUCCGGGUUCGAACCCAGUAUUGUCGUUAGAAAUAGUUUUUUUUUCUUUGUCAAUUAGAUGUUGAGGCUUCUCAAUGUACCUAUUUUCUAUUUCGGUAAUAGUAUGCAAUUCUGAAAGCAAGUGUAACUAUUUAUUAUUUCUAUUAUAAUUAUUAUUAAUUUACUUAAAAUUGUGUGUGUGCCUUGUAUCGUAGAUGAAAAUAUCAAGAUUAAAAGGGAAAAUUAUCA